ACUCAAUACCACGUGAGCGUUUUCUUCUCUCUCUCUCUCUCUUGCUAGAAUCCUUCAGAUGUCUCUUUGUCGUCAUAAUUCAUACGAAUUGUCAAUUGUAUAAUUCAUUUUUCUUUACCUUGGUAAGCGAAUGUUGAAAAAUAGUGAGUGGUGGCGACAUCAGAGGUUGUCUUUCAAAACCGAAGAAAAUGGGAAGAAUCUUCACGGUGGAGCUGGAGGGCAAGUCCUACGGUUGCAAGUCCUGCAAAACCCACCUAGCCCUUACCGAUGAUCUCAUCUCUCGGGCAUUUUAUUGCCAGCGGGGAAAAGCAUAUCUCUUCAAUAAUGUACAUGUCAUGAGGAAAGCUUACACAACCAAAAACACGAGGAGAAAUAUGAAAGAUCAGUUUGGAAAUAGAAUAGAUGUGAACUUCACGAUUGGAGUGCUAGAGGAAAGGAUGAUGCUUUCUGGACUGCAUACUGUGGCAGAUAUCUUUUGUUGUUGCUGUGGUCAAAUAGUUGGCUGGAAAUAUGAGUCUGCACAUGAGAGAAGCCAAAAGUAUAAAGAGGGGAAGUUUGUUCUUGAAAGAGGAAGGAUUGUUGAUGAAAUUGAUUUUACCGCUGAAUUCCAUAUUGAGAGUUGCGUCAGCAUGAGUGAUGCUGAAGAUGCUUAAUCAUAUUAAAGUAUCCUGUACUUAUCAGAUCAUGUAAAAGAGGAAUGGAUAGUUUUUUAUAUAUGAAAAUAAUGUAGAACCAUGGAAAUGUUCAAAUCAAAAUUUGUUAUGCUAUUUCCUAGUAAUAGUAGGUAAAAAUUAGUAGAAUUCUCAAUGGUAUUUCAUCUUUGAAAACAGAAAGAGAUGAAUAAGCUGUUUCAGAAUUUCCCUUCUUUCAUGCAAAGAUCUUGGUUAGAACCUUCCUAAAAUGACAUAUAUCCUUUAAAUUUCCUUCAA